AAUCUUUAGUGACUUUUCUCGCGUUUAACCAUAAUUGGAGAACGUGUAUAUCAAGGUCAUAAAUAAAGUUGACGGAAGCUCAUACUAGAAAUUAAAAUUUUACUAUUUAUAAUAACAAUAAACUAGUGACAGGCUGUGAUAAAAUAAUUUUAUGGUCUAUAACGCAAAUUAUACCCAAACCACCAUGUCCAACAAAUACGAAUCGCAGAAACACCAUGUGGACAACUCGGACAGCGGCAGCGGUGACGACGAGAUUGGCCCAAACAUAACAGACCUUGGUCCAGUCGAUUAUCCACCAGGGGAGCACAGACUUCAGCAUCCAUACUGUUUAUGGUUCUCCAGGAGACCGUCCCAGAGUCAGGGCUCACAGGGCUACAGUCAGGCGUUGCGGCUGGUCGGCCAAGUGGGGACAGUGGAACAAUGGUGGGCGUUAUAUUCACAUAUCGUUAGGUUGCCAGAUAUACCUACACACAGGGACUUGCAUCUUUUUAAAAAGGGUAUUAAACCAAUGUGGGAAGAUGCUGCAAACAAAAAAGGAGGGAAAUGGGUUAUAAGACUUCGGAAGGAACAAGCUGGUAGGGCUUGGGAGAAUUUAUGUAUGGCAAUGUUAGGGGAGCAAUUUAUGGCUGGCAAUGAAAUAUGUGGAGUGGUAGUAUCAACACGUUACCAAGAAUAUUUACUUAGUAUUUGGAAUAGGACCGCAUCAGAUCAAGCGACAACAGCAAGGAUAAGAGAUGCGCUAAAACGAUUACUUAAUAUCCCAGCAAGUGCCACAAUGGAGUACAAAACACACAAUGACUGCCUUAAGUAUGAGCAAAUGGCCAAAGCAAAUCGGAACAAUCAUAUUAAUCACAUCAAUUGAUUGAAGCUUGGAUACAUACCAAAACAAUAUUUUCAAAAUGAUUCAGCCAUAGUUAAUAGAAGAAAUUAUAAGAUUUGUUAACAUUAUUUGUUUGAAAAAAUUAUGAUUUUAAUAAUAAUACUUUUCAACAUUU